AUGACGGCAUCAUCAGUAGUACGAUCCUACCAGGAGACUCGAACACAACGACGGAUGGACCCGACGCGGCAUCGGUUCCAAACGAAAAUGUCGUUGAGUUUGACCGCGUUUGCACUGGUGGGUUUGACCGUCUUGUCUCUGUGCUUCUCUUCUUCCAAUAGUAGUCAACAACACCGCCAAUUGGAAGACAAUAUUUUUGUCCACGACGACUAUUCCGGCAAUUCCUGUCAUGAUCUCUUUACGGUCGCCCCCGACAGUCGAGAAGAUCAAUGCACAUUUGCCCGCACGUGCAACGAUGGCGCCGGCAUUUGGUUGCCCUUUGUCUUUUGUUCCAAACGGCUCAGUCCCACAGCUGUCUGCGCCAUGCUUAGUCCCUUUGUCAUUCUCUGGUUGAUCUUGAUGUUUCGCUUGUUGGGGUCGACGGCGGAAGAUUAUUUCAGUCCCAGUCUGGAAUACUUUUCCGUCAAGGCCAAGUUGCCUCCUCGCUUUGCCGGUGUGACGCUGUUGGCGUUGGGCAAUGGAGCGGCCGAUGUCAGUGCGACCAUCAAUGCCGUCACUUCGGAUAUGAAAAAUGGAUAUCAAAUGAGUUUGGGAGCAUUGACCGGUGCUGCCAUGUUUGUGGGAGGAGUCGUUAGUGCGGUUGUGAUUCUUGUGGCCGGUGGAGUGCCAUGUCGAGGAGCACUGGUACGAGAUGUUCUCAUGCUAUUCUUGACCAUGAUUGUCAUUUGGGUGCAUUUUGCAACGGGCGAAAUUGGACCGGAAGCCAUUUCGCUAUUUUUGAGUUUGUACGGUAUUUUUGUCUUGGUAGUCCUGGUGGCCGAUGCCUAUCAUCGCGGCGUCGUAUUGCCACGACAGGCACUGCAAGAUCAUGAAUCCGAACGAGAACGACAAAUGCAAGCGGCCGAAGAAAUUCAUGAAUUGGCGUCGGGCAGUGGCACCAACUUGGAAAUACAACAGCCCCCACCACCACAACAACAACAACCCGCACCGACGGCAUUGGGCAAUGUCCUUUCCGCACUCAGCAAUUACGAUCGUACUCCGGCCAACGAAGGAUGGGGUGUGGGCGCCGAUGAAAUUGGACAAGAACGACCCGUCAUGCUCCAUGGAGCCAGAGGCAUUAUUCGAGGAGAUCCCAAUGAACGACCACCUCUAGAGGGAGACGAGCAUGGGACCCCCUAUUCCGUCUUGGAAGACGCACAGGAUCGGAUUUGUGCCGAACCAGGACCGGCGGGAGGAUCCAUCUCGUACAAUUGGCCAGCGGCGUUUGAAGAAGGAAAACAGGAAAUCUUGGAUCAUGCACAUCAAGUGUGGGACGAUAUUGCCUACAAUGGAGACAUUCACUGGGCGGAGAAGGGAAUGUUGUUUUGUGAAUUGCCGUUUACCUUUUUGCGGCAGGUGACAGUCCCGAUCCCCUGCGACGGCUAUUACUGCCGUGGUCUGGUGUCACUUUCCAUGGCAGUAUCACCGAUUUAUCUAGGUUUGUAUUUGUGGGCCGAACAUGGCGUCCCACUCUUUACCUGGGAGGUCAUGUUCUACAUGGGAGUUCUUUGGGCCGUCGCCAUUGGAAUGGGGGCAUUGGUGCUUCGAUAUGCACCGGCUGGAGAAGGUAACAUGGCCUUGUUUGCGGCCACUCCGAUUGCCUUGUACGGGUUCAUUAUUGGAGCAAUGUGGGUCGAUGCCAUUGCCGAUCAUUUGGUCAAUAUGCUGGAUUUUAUCGGAAUUCUCUUGCGAAUUCCAGGACCCGUCAUUGGGUUGACAAUUCUUGCGUGGGGAAACUCCGUGGCGGAUUUGAGUGCCAAUGUCGCCAUGGCACGAAAGGGUUUGGCCAACAUGGCCAUGACGGCAUGUUUUGCUGGUCCCGUCUUUAAUCUCUUGAUUGGGCUGGGUCUUGGCUUUUACUCUCUUGGCGCCAAGGAAGGAACGAGCUCAAUACCGGUUGAAAUCACCGGUUCCGUCCGGGCUGGUUUUAUCUUUGUCAUGUUGAACUGUACCGCCAUUGUGGGAGUGGGUGUUUUCCUUUGCCACGGUCGCAUCCCAAAGCAACAUGGAUACUUGGCACUAAGCCUAUAUUCCGUCUACGUGAUAACGUCGAUUGCCCUGGAAUACACCAAGAAGUGAGGGAUGCAGCAGUCAGAGACGACAAUCCUGAGUUUGCAACGGCGCCAGAGAGAAAUGAAAUGAAAGAGAGGCGCCAGUAUGCAGACUUAUGCAGACUUGGUCCUUGUUGUGGUCCACCAUAUCUGAGCAGGAUCCACUAGACUGGACAAGCAACACUCUUGGCCUCGCACUCAUUCAGUCCGUUCUGGGUCGGUCGAGGCGCACACAUCAAACUGGACUGCCUUUCCGAUGUUCUACCGUAUUUCA